AUUACGGCUGUGUCUGGUGUGGAGGAGAGUCACCUGGCUGUGUCUACCACCUGUCCUGUACCAGCUCACCUGGGCCAGAAGACGCCUGCCCUCCGCCUCACAUCAUACAGAUCCAGCCAGUGAAUGGUCCGGUGGAAGGGGGUGUGCUGGUGACCAUCCAUGGGUCUAACCUGGGGAUGCACUACCAGGACAUCCAGGGAGGAGUGACUGUAGCUGGGGUCAGCUGUCUGCCUCAGCCCCAUGGAUACCUCAUCUCUACCAGGAUAGUGUGUGAGCUCCAGCCCAGUAAACAGGAGACAGAGGGGCCAGUCAUCGUUACCGUGGGAGACUCAGAACCAGGACAGUCACUGCAGACAUUCACCUACCAGGACCCCCAGUUGACUGGUAUAGUCCCUGAUAAGGGCCCUGUAUCAGGAGGGACCAGCCUGACUAUCCAGGGGACUCGGCUACUAACGGGACAGAGGAAGGACCUGACUGCAUACGUAGGACAACAACCCUGCUACAUUGUUGAGGAGGUGAAUGGGACUCACCUGGUCUGCAGGACCAGCCCCAGUAACCAGACAGACACCAUAAUGAUAACUAUCUCACCUCUUCCUCUCUCUCUCUCUCCUCUCCUCUUCCUCAGUGUUGAGGAGUGUUGA